AUGCAAUCAGUGAAGAAUUUAAAUUAAUCAAAUCCUUACAUUUAAAAAGCGACUGGAAAUAACAAGUCGUCUACUAUUUUACCUGCUUUAGAGUAGUCUACUCGAAUAACUAACUCUCAUAGUAUCAAAGGAAUAGAGAAAAGAAUUCCUAAAAGUGUGCUACAUGAAUUAUAAAAUACAUAAAAUAUGACAUCACUAUCAUAUUAAGAUAGUAAUUUUUUCAUCACAUAGUUUGGUGAUAAUAGAUAAAAAGGGUCUAUGCGUAAAACAGUAUCUUAAAUAGAAUCAAUUAAAGUAUAAAAACCUAAAUAAAAAAUUGAAGUGAUUAUGGGCGAACUUGGGCAAGCUAUUAAAAGGUUAAAAAAUUUAAAGUAAGUAUAGCCACCAAAGAAUAAAAUAAAAAGCAGUGAAAGUUCUCUGGAUGAGAAGGAAAAGGCAGAUGAUUUGUUUAUGAGUUAAAUUGAAAAGACUCUUUAAGAUAGAAAAAACUAAAAUUCAAUAGAUACUUAUGAUUUAAAGAGUUAGAGUAUGAGCAGGAUUUUUUUCAAAAACAGGGCUUAAUAAGUUGAUGUCAUGCAAGAAAAUCUGACUGAUGGGCUCAACAAAUUUAAUAAAGUCAUGGAAAACGUUAAAGAAAGAGAGAAGAAACUCUUUGAUUUGUAAACUCAGCUAAAUAAAAUUCUAAAUGAAGAGGACAGAGUUAAAUUCAUGAAAGGUUAGGAUUCUGGAAGUGCAGGAUAGUUGUAGCAAGAAAUAGAUUAUUUUUAAGAUAAAAUGAAUGAGCUACAAAUGGAGAGAAACAUCCUUAAAAAUAUGAAGAGUGUAAGAAAGAAAGACUUAGAGGUUAUUAUGGUUCCAUAUUAUAAAGACAGGGAUGUUUUGGCUGACUUAAAUUAAUUCUUGGAGAAAGAAACUGAGAAUUUGGUCAACGAUGCUAAAUAAAUAGAUUAAAUUCGUACUUGCCUUAUUGAUCAAGAGCAGUUCAAAAAGCAAUUAGAAGUAAAGUCUACCAUUCUAUUAAGGGAUUAAGAGAUUCACAAGAAAAAUGAGGAAAAUCUGGAGAAAGUUAUUGAACAAGAAAUAGAGUAUUCUAAAUUUUAGUAAGAAUUGAAAAUUUAAGAACGUAAAGAAAGGGAAAAGUAGUUGUAAGAACAAAGAAAAAAAGUAUACCUAGAGCAGUAAGAGUAUAGAGCAAAGCUGGAUAAUUUGAAGAUUCAAUUUCAACAAAUAGCUUCAAAUCUACCUGCUCUAGAGAAUCCUAAAGAUGUAAUACUUAACUUCGAAGAAAUAAAGUAAAUAAUAAUUAUAAUUUGA